CGAGGCUGCCAAUCGGAGAGGGCGGGCUGUCCGCGCCCGGCCCGGUCGUUCCCUCCGAGCUGGGGCCCGCCCGCGGGGCCGGCCGCCUGUCAGAGGGAGGUGGCGAUGGUGCGCCCGGUGGCGGUGACGGCUGCGGCGGCUUCCCCGGCCCGAGUGCAGGGAGGAGAAGAUGACUGACCAGCCGACUGACUGAAUGAAUGAAUGGCGGAGCCGAGCGCGCCAUGAGGAGCCUGCCGAGCCUGGGCGGCCUCGCCCUGUUGUGCUGCGCCGCCGCCGCCGCCGCCUCAGCCGCCUCAGCCGCCGCGGCGGGGAAUGUCACCGGCGGCGGCGGGGCCGCGGGGCAGGUGGACGCGUCGCCGAGCCCGUGGCCGGAAGGCGAGCCCACUCGCCCUUUCUCUGAGGCGACCGCUCCCACGACGCAGGCCCCGAAGACCGGACCCCCGCGCGCUACCGUCCUCCGACCCCCGACCGCGUCCUCUCCAGCCCAGUCCCCGGAGACCGCCCGUCCUCGGGCGACGGCCGGACCCGCUCUCGCCACCGUCCAGGCGCCGCCGGGCCCCUCCCCGACCGCCGCUCCCGCGGCCGAACGCACUCCGACCGGCCCUCCGGCGACCACGAGACCCGCGCCCACCGGCCUCCCGACGACCCCCGGCCCGGCGCCGACCACCCCGGCGGCGACCACCGUCCCGGCGCCCACCACGCCGCCGACCCCGACCCCGACCCCCGUUCUCCCGCGGAGCAGCGGCAGCGGCAGCAGCGUCCCGCCCACCCCACCUGCCGCCGAGGCCCCCACCUCGCCUCCCCCAGAAUAUGCAUGUAAUUGCUCUGCGGUUGGAAGUGUGGAUGUGAAUCGCUGCAACCAGACCACAGGGCAGUGUGAGUGUAAGCCAAGUUAUCAGGGGCUUCACUGUGAAACCUGCAAGGAGGGCUUCUACCUGAAUCACUCUUCUGGGCCCUGCCUGCCAUGCAAAUGUAGUCCACAUGGAGCCCUGAGCAUACUCUGCAACAGUUCUGGGAAAUGCCAGUGUAAAGUGGGUGUCAGCGGCUCUACAUGUGAUCGAUGCCAAGAUGGAUAUUAUGGCUUUAGUAAGAGUGGCUGCCUACCCUGCCAAUGCAGUAAUCGGUCUGCCAGUUGUGAUGCCCUCACAGGUGUGUGUUUAAACUGUCAGGGGAACAGUAAAGGGGACCACUGUGAAGAAUGCAAAGAAGGAUUUUAUCCAAGUCCCAAUGCCUCUACAGAAUGUCUUCACUGCCCUUGUUCAGCAGUGACGUCUACAGGCAGUUGUGUCAUAAAAUUGGGUGAAUUGGAACCUAAAUGUGUCCAGUGUAAAGAAGGUUAUACAGGCCAGAACUGCAAUAAAUGUGAAAAUGGCUAUUACAAUUCUGACAGCAUCUGUAUGAAGUGCCAAUGUCAUGGCCACGUGGACCCAAUUAAAACUCCAAAGAUUUGUAAGCCCGAGAGUGGUGAGUGCAUCAGCUGCCUCCAUAACACCACUGGGUUUUGGUGUGAGAACUGCCUAGAAGGUUAUGUUCGAGACCCCGAAGACAAUUGCAUCAAGAAAGAAGUUAUUGUUCCAACACCUGAAGGUUCUACCAUUUUGGUUCCCAAUGCCUCUUUGACCACAUCAGUGCCCACCCCUGUUAUAAAUAGUACACUCACCCCCACAACCCUGCAAGCUAUCUUUUCAGUAAGCUCUGCUGAAAAUAGCACUUCAGCUUUAGCUGAUGUAUCGUGGACCCAAUUUAACAUCAUCAUCUUGACUGUCAUCAUCAUUGUGGUGGUGCUGCUGAUGGGAUUUGUGGGGGCUGUGUAUAUGUACCGGGAGUACCAAAACCGGAAACUCAAUGCCCCCUUUUGGACCAUCGAGCUCAAAGAAGACAAUAUCAGUUUCAGCAGCUACCAUGACAGCAUCCCCAAUGCGGACGUGUCCGGACUGUUGGAAGAUGAUGUCAACGAAGUGGCUCCCAAUGGGCAACUCACCCUGACAACACCCAUGCAUAACUACAAAGCCUAAGGAGCCAGAACUGUUCUCCUGGAUUGUUAGACCACGUGCUUGCUAAGACAGCAUCGGACCCCGGGCCAGACAGAGCCUGGAUAGGAUCUGCUGAGAAAGCAAAGGCAUAUAGAGCUUUGGAGUUUUCAGGUGCAAAUUCAUAAUGCACUUAGCCUAUUACUUUUAGUUUUCCCACAGAGAUCUGAAGUAGUCGCUGUCAAUAAGGGACUUGAUGUAAAGUAUAUUUUUGUACAAAACCACAUGGAAGGAUAGAAAGGCUGAACUCCAUAGUGCAACCCUAAUCCACUUUGACCUCCAAAUAGACUCCUUGGGAGUGUUCACUCAACCAGCGGAAACAGGAUGACGGAUGUGGAGGGGGAGAGGACUGCCGGAAGACUUCAUCUCCAUUCCUGAAACAUUUUUUAAAAGAGGGUCAGGGGUGGGAUUCAUUUUCCUGUACUAAAUAAGACAUCAUUGAGGAAAAGCUGAUGUCUGGGCUGUAUCACAAUUAACAAUCUUGAUUGUUUCUAGAACAGGAGCAGAAAAGUCCCAGAAGGCCUUUAGAAGGGCUUGAUUUUUCCUUCUAGAAUUCUCGCUCAUUGAUAGCAUUAAAGCACAGAAUAAGCUAAUGGUUCAGACAGGAAGGCAACAUCUGGGAGCAGGAAGCUGAUAUAGUCCUCCUUAGGGUCUCAGUGUAAAUGAUAAAUUAUCUAAAAAUAAAAAAUAUUCCUGCUUCUAGAGAAAUAAGGUGUAUAUAGUUAAUGUAGCAUACCUGGUCAGCAUUGUAUUUGUAUCUAUUUGUAAAAAAAUCAUGUCAUAUUUUAUCAUCUAGAAUGUAUUUGUACAGAAGUUAAUGGCAUAAAAAGAAAAUACGGGGAUUGGUUAAAAUAAUGUAAAAUAGAUGGCAAUAUUGCUAGAGCUGGGACUCUGGUGAGCAUCAGUCAUUUUUAGUCCCUCUUUGGACAUUGUUGAAAUUUAUAAGAGGUCGAAUGUUUCUGAUCUUUCUUUCCCUGCUCAUUCUAAAUGUAGAGUUUGUUCUUGGACUUAUUGUAGAUUCAAGCAAUAGAUUUUGAAGUCGGGGAUUGGCAAGCGGGGCCACAGGCUGUACUCUCCAAGAUACUCACCUAAUUAGACAUUAGCCACUCUCUAUAUUUUAUAUAGAUUAAUGUAGAACAUAUCCUCAUUAAAAAUGUUUUUAGUGUAAAAGAUGGUCUUCCAAAGGAAUUAGAAAUAUUUUAGUACUACAAGAAAAAGAAAAGCCAUCCUGUCACUUUGCAUCUGGUUUUCAUGCCUGUGAAAUAUUCCCAUCCCCCCCCCCCCAACAGAAAACAUCUCCUGCAUUGGAAUAUAGUCUGUCACUCAUAUGCCAUGAGGUAUGCACCGUCUCUCUGCAGUGCUACAGUUCACCUGUCUUCUUGUCCAGUUAGGGGUGGCACUGUAGUUGUGUGCAAUGGUUAGUUCUUGUUUUUAGGUGCAGUCUUUUUCCUGAGGCCAUCUAUUGUUGUUCUCAUCUAUUUUGAUAUAGACAGACAGUGGAUUAAAGAAGUCAGGAAAAGCAGCCAGAAGAUAGCUAUAUUUAUUAGAACAGCAAACUGUCAAGUGGUUAGAAAAAGAGUAGACCUAGGAAAUCUAAGUUGGCAACUUUGCCAGUUUCCCCAGAGGAAAACCUGGAAUUUGGCCACCCCUCUGUAGGAGACCACUAAGUUGUUCUCAGGGUUUGGAGGUGAUGCUCUAGAGGAUGUACAGGCAGAUAAUCUACUUCUGGCAACCUGAGGUGCUUUGGAUAUUUGGCCAUUGCUCACGAGAGUAGAGAUUAUGUUAUAUUACAUUAAAAUAAGUUAAUAUUUCUGCCCUAGCUGGUGUAGCUCAGUGGAUUGAGCGCAGGUCUGCGAACCUGCGGAGGAUCACGGUUCAAUUCCCAGUCAGGGCACAUGCCUGGGUUGCAAGCCAGUUUCCUGCAGGCCAGUUCCCAGCAGGGGAUGCACUAGAGGCAACCAUACAUUGAUGUUUCUCUCCCUCUCUCCUUCCCCUCUAAACAUAAAUAAAUAAAUUAAUAUUAAAAAAAUAAGUUAAUAUUUCUGUAGGCCUUUGCAGGUUGCAAAAAGCAUCUUCCCAUAUGUGUUUCUUUUGUUCCUCACCAUAGCCCCCUGAGGAAGUAAUUGCUGUCCCUAUUUCAUAGAUGAGGUUAAAUGUCUUGUUUGAGGCUACACAAUAUGUCAUUGGCUUGAAAUUAGGACUCCUAACUCAGAAGCACAUAUUACUUCAACUGUAUGCUAAUGCAGGGAUUGCUUAGCCACAGACACAAGAAGGCUGAGAAGAGGAGUCCCAUUUGUGAAUGUUUCUAGUUUUUUAAGGACAAGAUACCAUUCGGGGCCAUCCGGCUAGGAAGGAUUUUGUGGAGAGAACACAAGAAGAUUACUAUCUGAAGCCGGAAUUGGCGAUAUAAAAAUAUCAGCUUGUGCUCCAAUAAAGUGACCUAAUCCUUCCAAGCAGGGACAGAAAACCUGCUUUCCUCAGUGGCUGCCACAUGGGUGCAUAAGACAUGCACUGCACAGUUUUAAGGAAUUGUGCAAAGUGGCAUACCUGCCCCCUCAAAGCCAGGGGUUAAGGAUGAUAGAAAUAAACCUUUGGUUAAUAAGAGUUGUUGACCCAAUAGAGAAAGGAGUGUUUAUUGGGGUCUAAGAGCCAAAGCCAAAUCCAGAUUCUGGCCAUACAGAGAUUCCUUGAAACAGACCUUAGAAGGUAUUGCAAACAUUAGAUCACAAAGAAUAUUUACCUUUAAAUACUUAUGAACAGUCCUGGAUCAUGUUUUUACUUUUUCCCAAUGGAAAACAAUUAAAGACUUAAAACACUUAGAAUUUUCUUUCAUGCCUCCACUUUUUUUAUGGUGGAAAUAAUAUUGAUUUAAAACUUAAGUUACUCAUAGAGUAAUCUGCCACCAAAUCAGACUAGAAAACAAGUGUGGCACGUGUUAUAAAAACAGUCACUGUGCUACAGCACGACCCCGUGGAUGGGGCGCUCCUCACAAGCAUCCCAGCAUCCUUUCCAAGGACUAGUGUCAGACUUUUUGGUCUAAAGAUCAGGAAUGAGUUCAUUUUCAAUUAAGACUGGUGUGAAUCUUAUUGAUAAGUGACAGAUACUGCUAUUAAAUGAUACUUUUAUCAUCAUUAACUUAUUUUAGCAAGCACUGAAAGCAUUUCUGACAGUUAGAUGCCCUAGGUGGUGGGAUUAAUUAUAUCUAUCCUCUCUCAUUUUUCCCUCCCUAUCUCUACUAAUGGAAUUUCUCCAGUUAUAGAGAAAAAUGAUAAUAAAAGCUAAACCUCAUUUAUGCUAAGGUCCUAUGGGCUUAAUGUGUUACUCAUAGGGAUACCUGAAUUUUAAGAGAGGAGAACAGGGCAGGAAGUGAAAGGAGAGAAUUUACAGAAGCAUCAAAUUACAUGGCUACUUUCUAGCCCCAUAUUCCCAGGAAAGUUGACAAUUAAAACAACACUCACUCACCCCCUGAGCUCAUUUUGGUCAGGUGAGUUGGGCAUUUUGGAGGCAAAAAGCUAACAACAGCACUUCCUCCUGACAGCCUCAGGUGGGACUGGGUUAUUAGAUUACUUACCUUAGUCCCAUGUUGUUUUUUGUAGGACAUGUGGUGAACAUAACACCCUUGUAAUGAACAUCCCCUGGUUCAUACAUUUUGAAGUACACAGAUAGGAGCUGAAUUCACACAUCUCAAGGACAGCUCCCUGACAAAAGUUCUGAGAAGUAAAAAGCAACCCAGUGUAGCCUGUUAGAGUAAGGAGAGCAUUUCUGGUCUCAUCCACAAAGAACCUUUGGUCUGUUGUGAUCUUGAGAGUUAAGGAGUUUGGAAGCUGAAGAGUUUGGUGUGUGCAGGGGAGUAAUAAUGGAAGGUUAAUGCAAGUUUUCUCUUUAACCUCGAAUCAGCGACUGUGCCAAGGGGAAAAGCAGGAAGAGCACGCUGAUUCAUUUGAAGAAGUCAAGUAAUAUCAACUGGAUGAACGGUUAUGGAUCAUUAAAAUGUCAAUGACUGAGUGAUGCUUUUCCAGAGGCGGUUGGGAACCUGUCUUACGUGCAGUAACCACAACGGUGGCCCUAGAACGUGAGCCCAGGGCCGCAGACUUAACAUUAAUGCAAAAGCUAAAUGAUUUAAAGUUAAAUUUUAAUGCUAGGCACAAGCACUCUGUAAUACCUUAAAUUUCAGCCCAAGCAAUUAGGGAAUGUUUCUGAAACAUUAAACUUGUAUUUAUGUCACUAAAAUUCUAACACAAAUUUUAAAAAUGUGUUCUCAUACCUAUGCUGUACUAGGCUUCAUGAUGCAUUUCUAAAUUUGUGUAUGAUUUGAAUAUAUAAAAGAAUUUAUACAA